AGAACCAGUCCGCGCUGGGACAUGACAGUGUAACCCUCCGCCUGCGGUAGAUGUGCUGAGGCUGGAGUAGCCACCAUUUUGCAUGUCUAGUGUGUUCCUCCCUCUAUUGCUAAUAGAGACGUUUUCUGCUACUUUCUGGCAUCAGUGCGCCGUAGAAUGCCAGUUCCGAUUAGACUGCGGGAGCUGAUCCGGACUAUCCGGACAGCGCGGACCCAGGCAGAGGAGCGUGAGAUGAUCCAGAAAGAGUGCGCUGCUAUCCGUUCAUCCUUCAGAGAGGAAGACAAUACAUACCGCUGCAGAAAUGUGGCAAAGCUUCUCUAUAUGCACAUGUUGGGCUACCCUGCACACUUCGGGCAGUUGGAGUGCCUGAAGUUGAUUGCGUCACAGAAAUUCACUGACAAGCGAAUAGGUUAUUUGGGUGCUAUGCUGCUGUUGGAUGAAAGGCAGGAUGUGCACUUACUGAUGACGAAUUGCAUCAAAAAUGACUUGAAUCACAGCACGCAGUAUGUCCAGGGUCUGGCCUUGUGCACUCUCGGGUGUAUGGGUUCUUCAGAAAUGUGUCGCGACCUGGCAGGAGAAGUGGAGAAGCUGCUUAAAACAUCCAACUCCUACUUGAGGAAAAAGGCGGCAUUGUGUGCAGUGCACGUCAUCAGGAAAGUUCCAGAACUUAUGGAAAUGUUCCUUCCAGCCACAAAAAACCUGCUGAGCGAGAAGAACCAUGGUGUCCUCCACACAUCUGUUGUCCUUCUCACUGAAAUGUGUGAAAGAAGCCCAGAUAUGCUGUCUCACUUCAGAAAGCUAGUCCCACAGUUGGUGAGAAUCCUGAAGAAUCUAAUCAUGUCUGGAUACUCUCCUGAGCAUGAUGUGUCAGGCAUAAGUGACCCGUUUCUGCAGGUGCGCAUUUUGAGACUACUGCGAAUUUUGGGCAAGAGCGACGACGACUCCAGUGAAGCAAUGAAUGAUAUUCUCGCACAGGUUGCAACGAACACAGAAACCAGUAAAAAUGUGGGCAAUGCCAUCCUCUAUGAGACGGUGUUGACAAUAAUGGACAUCAAGUCAGAAAGUGGACUGAGAGUACUGGCCAUCAACAUUUUGGGGCGCUUCCUUCUCAACAAUGAUAAAAAUAUAAGAUAUGUGGCAUUGACAUCUCUAUUAAAGACGGUACAGACUGAUCACAAUGCCGUCCAGAGGCAUCGGAGCACCAUUGUGGAUUGUUUAAAAGACCUGGACGUGUCUAUUAAGAGACGUGCAAUGGAAUUGAGCUUUGCUUUAGUGAACGGCAACAACAUUCGAGGCAUGAUGAAGGAGCUUCUCUACUUCCUUGACUCAUGCGACCCGGAAUUCAAAGCCGACUGUGCAUCUGGAGUUUUUCUUGCUGCAGAAAAGUAUGCACCUUCAAAACGAUGGCACAUAGACACCAUUAUGAGGGUCUUGACAACAGCUGGGAGCUACGUGAGAGACGAUUCUGUUCCCAAUCUCAUCCAGCUCAUCACCAACAGUGUGGAGAUGCAUGCAUACACUGUCCAGAGACUUUACAAAGCCUUGCUUGAAGACAUUUCUCAGCAACCACUGGUGCAGGUGGCAUCCUGGUGCAUAGGAGAGUAUGGUGAUCUGCUGGUAUCUGGUCAGUGUGAGGAGGAGGAGCCCAUUCAGGUGUCUGAGGAUGAAGUCCUGGACGUGUUGGAAGGUCUGCUGGUCUCAAAUCUGUCCACCCCUGUAACUCGGGGUUACUCACUCACAGCCAUCAUGAAAUUGUCUACUCGCUUCAGCAGUGUGAACCGAAUUAAGAAGGUGGUUUCCAUAUAUGGCAGUAGCAUUGAUGUAGAGCUGCAACAGCGAGCGGUCGAGUACAAUGCGCUGUUCAAGAAAUAUGACCACAUGAGGCCAGCUCUUCUAGAGCGAAUGCCCAUCAUGGAGAAAACAGCCACCAAUGGCCCCACAGAGGUGGUGCAGACCAAUGGGGAGACGGAGCCCGCUGUUGGAGAUGCAAAACAUUUGCCCCCUGUUAGCCAACCCAGUAACCAGGCUAAUGAUUUGUUAGACCUUUUGGGAGGUAAUGAUGUAGUGCCAGUAAUCCAGACCACUGUGCCGACCAAGCCAGCAUCAGCUGGAGGAGAGCUGCUCGACCUCCUGGGUGACCUGUCGCUAAGCAGUGGCCCAGCCCCUGCUCCUGCUCCCCCCAUGCCCCCUUCCCAACCCUCUUUCCUCCUUGAUGGCCUCACGUCACCGCCCCUGUUUAAUGACAUUGCGUCUGCAGGUAUUCCCGCUAUGACGGCUUACAACAAGAAUGGUCUCAAAAUAGACUUCACAUUUGAGAGGGCAAACCCCAAUCCCAACAUUGCAGUUAUCACCAUCCACGCUUCCAACUCGACUGAAGCAGAUAUGACAGACUUCGUAUUUCAGGCUGCAGUACCAAAGACAUUCCAGCUGCAGCUCCUGUCCCCAAGCAGUAACGUUGUCCCGGCACUCAACCAGGGAACAGUCACGCAGGUCAUCCGAGUCCUCAACCCACAAAAGCAACAGCUACGAAUGAGGAUCAAGUUAACGUACACCCACAAAGGUUCACCUGUGCAAGACCUGGCCGAGGUCAACAACUUCCCCCCACAGUCUUGGCAGUAGUGCAGGUCUGGUUGCUCUUAAAACCCGCCUCAAGGGAACUGAUUUCUUUUUUUUUUGUUUGUUUUUGGCCUCCCUUGUCUCUUCCAACGGACAUCCCUGUGACGUCACUACAGACAGCUGCCCUCAAAGUUGCAUGGGAGGCAGCCGAGAAUCUAACAAAUGUGUAGAAAGAUGCAGACACUUGCUAGAAUGAGUGGGGACAAACCUAUCAGUCAAUCAUCGUCUUCUUUUCUCUCUUAGUGACUAUCAUGUCUCUCUUUAAUGACUAGUUCUAGUUUUUGUUCUUCCCCACCAACAAUGUUCCCGCCCCCUCACUGUGGCAGGCUAGUCACUCUGCCUUCACCCCAUCUCUGAAGCAUCCACCAGGAACGCACCGCAGUUCCAUGUUACGAAAGUGGUUUUUAAUUCAAGUCAGUCAUACUCUGUUCUGCCAGGCUUUUUAAAGAAACCUGAGCCUUCGUUCGGCCCCGUGGUCGCAGCAAUUGAAGACGAAUUAGAGCUAUGGUGAACUUCAGUAGGAAUAAUGAAAUUACAGUGGUUUUUCAUAAGAGUGUGUCUGAGUAUCUUCUUUUUGGGUUGUUACUUCGAAUCAAAGGGUCUCGGGUAGGGUGACGCAUGUUUCUAAUGCAAGUAAUAAAGAGAAAUUUACCCCAAAAUGUACACUUUUAAAUGACUUUCUCUGCAUCCUAGGAUGGAAUCAUAACACACUUUUCUAGUUGGAAUCGUCUUACAUGUUUGCCCUUAUUCGUUACCUCACAGUCAAGCCUGUAACUUCAAUUUCAGCUGAGUUGAACCUGGUCUAACUUACAUUGCACAUACAUGUAAAUGAAGCUUGUUAUGAAUGUAGUUACAUGCACUGAAUGAUUUUCCCCUCACCCCCCCGACCUUGUUUCUUUCCUCCACUGUCCGCUACGAUGACACUGUCAUUGGCACUAUUUUUUUUUUUGUGAAAGUGUGUUUUAUUUCUGCAGUAAAAUGACUUGAUUAUUUAUGCCUGAUAUCAAAGUGAUGUGCCUUUCUGACUCAGCUAGAUAAAGAGCCCCCUGAACUUGA